AGAGUCCAUUGUUUACCCAUGCUUAUGCCACCUUCCAGACCAAGGACUAUGCCUUCUUCAUCAUGGAGUUUCUUAGCGGAGGAGAUCUAAGUGGCCUCAUGAGAGCCAACGCCCUAUUCACCAUUCCAGUCACCAGAUUUAUGGCAGCUGAGAUCAUCUGUGGGCUGCAGUUUCUCCACACCAGAGGCAUCAUACACAGGGACAUAAAACCAGCCAAUAUCUUAAUGAACAGCGCCGGUCACUUGAAGAUCGCCGAUUUUGGUCUUGCCGUGAUGAACAUCUUUGGGGAUAAGAAGAUCUCAGAAUAUGCCGGAACUCUUAGAUACAUGGCUCCUGAGAUUCUUCUACGGAAGCCCUACAACACGGCAGUGGACUGGUUCUCAGCUGGUGUGAUGAUAUAUGAGAUGGCUACUGGCAAAUAUCCAUUCAAUGCCGGUAUACUGCCUGAAACAAUCGAAAAGUCACUGAUCAAUGAUGUUCCCACCUACCCAAAAGGCCUCAACCCCCAAGCUAGAGACCUUAUAGUGGGGCUCUUAAACAAGUCACCAGAGAGUCGCCAGGUAGCGGUAGAUAACAUCAGGGAACAUCCGUUUUUCAUGGAAAUCAACUGGACAGAUAUAGAGGGAGCAGGAGCUCGUCCACCAUUCCAACUAGGACCACCACCAGUGAUGACAUUGACAAAAAUCGAUGACAUCCUGUCCUCCACCGAAGCCAAUAAGUCACCAAUGGCUGAAAGAGAUCAACAACUGUUCUGUGGAUUCACAUUUGCCAAUGAGAACUGGCAGGUCGUAAAGCCAAUUAAAGAACCUUUCAUACGACCACGCAGAACGUUUGGCAGAUUUGUGAGAGAGACCAUCCGCAGGAUCUGGUGGAAGAUGAAAAACUGGAAGUAA